AUGUCGGCCCUGGUAAAUUACCCAUUAACAAUCCCGGCCAGAAUUAGAAUACAAAGGAAACAGAUGUUUCUCAGUUUUGGCAGCUCCCCGCAGACCGCUGGGCGCUGGCUGCUUUCUGAUGUAUUUCGACGGGAGAGGAGGCGGUGCGUGGAGACCAGGUGGCAGGGCCGUCAGAUCAUGUCGGAUAUGACAGAAAUUGCCGAAUUCUAGGGAAACGUGUAAUGGUUAAUUUACCAUUCCUCGUAUUCCAGUUCGAGAUUUCCUUCUUGUUCGAAGUAGAAAUAUUUGGGUCAGAUGUAUUAAUCUAGUACGUUAUUUUAGGUUUCCAGAUUUUUAUCUUAUUAUAAAAAGAAGCAUAGGA